AUGGCGUCUCUACAGCAGUCACAGGUGCUGUCGCACUCGAAGGCCAGGCGGGCUGCGAACAAUAACUACUCGAAGCUAACUCAGACCCUCUACGCAAAACUCACUAAGCUUUGCCUCGAAUAUAAUAACCACAUCUAUUUUCUAGCCUAUCGCAAUGGUCGAUUCAACGGAUUCGUAUAUCAGAGGAGACCGGUCGGCCUUGGUCACCACCAGGUCAAGAUGCUCUCGACAACUUGUAUCCUCCGCCAGUUAUAA